AUGUCCUCGUUCUUCACCGCGCCUGGCUCGCAGCGCAAGCGGAAGCGGCCCGACGCCAGCUCGACCGUCCCCCGGAAGCGAGCACCCGCUGCAUCGCAGUCGAGAGCCCCCGCCCGCGCUGAGCGCGAGGACUCCAUCACCGAAAGCGAAAGCUCAGACGGCGAGCGCGCCAACGUCUUCGACGCGACCGACGAUGAGUCUGAGACUUCAGACGACGAGAGCGAGACGGCGGCGGAGAAGCGUCUGCGGCUGGCACAGCGCUACCUCGACAACAUCCGCGGCGAGGUAGAGGAAGAGGUGGGCUUCGAUGCCGCGCAGAUCGACAAGGACCUGAUCGCAGAGCGGCUGAAGGAGGACGUUGCAGAGACGAAGGGCAAGAUCUACCGCAAGAUUGCAGAAAAGCUCGAUUUCGAGGAGGCGUCUCACGUGUUUGGAAAGUCUGGGCUGCAGAAAGCUAUCACGGGAUGCGCCGUCAGGUUACCGCACGCAUGGACAAUCAGCAAGGACCUGGUCGUCGAGAAGUGGGACAUCGCAGACCCAAAGUCGUACGCUGCAGACCCGGGGCGCUCCUCAAAUAUCACGCCGCGACGGACACCCAGAAGGCUCUUCUGGAGAAAGGGCGACAAGAACAAGAAGGGCGACAGGGACUACCUGGGCCACACGGGCGAGAUCGUCUCUAUCGCUGUCUCCGACUCUGGCAAAUAUCUGGCCACUGGCGACAAGCACGCACGCCUGAUCAUCUGGGACGCCGAAACGCUCACUCCGCGCAAGCUGUUCACGCGGCAUCGAGAUGCUGUCCUGUCGCUGUCGUUCAGGAGGGGGACCGAGCAGCUCUUCUCUGGGGGAGCGGACCGGGCUGUCAUCGUCUGGAGCGCGCCCGAGUCUGCAUACAUUGAGACGCUGGUAGGACACCAGGACGCGGUCAUUGGCAUUGCAGGAGGAGUCGAGAUGAACCAAGAAACAUGCGUUAGUGUUGGCGCACGCGAUCGCACGGCACGACUGUGGAAAGUCGUUGAAGAGAACCAGCUGGUGUUUCAUGGCGGUGGCACAGCAAGACAGAAGGGUCUGGACAAGCUGCGCAAGGGCCGUUUUGGCAAGGACGUCUCAUAUCUUGACGAGAAGGCUGAGGACAGGCAAGUCAACGGUGACGACGACGACGACGACGACGACGACGACACACCGAUCGCCUACGCAGAAGGCUCUAUCGACUGCGUGGCUCUUCUCGAUGCCAGCCUCUUCGUAACAGCAUCCGAUAGUGGCUCAUUGUCGCUAUGGUCCGUCCAAAGGAAGAAGCCGCUUUUCACCUACCCCCUCACUCAUGGUCGAGACCCAGCUCUGCCCGCUGAGGCGAUGUCCGCAAACGACGAUGCCGCGACCUCAGGGAAGAAAGGACCCCGUUUACCAAGAUAUGUCACCGCGCUUGCAACCGUGCCGUACGCCGAUCUCAUCCUCACAGCGAGCUGGGAUGGCUGGAUACGAGCAUGGCGAGUCGGUCCCGAGAAGCGCACCAUCGAGCCAGUAGGGAAGAUUGGCCGAGUCCCAGAAGAGGAGGGUGAAAAUGGCAUCCUCAUCCGCGGCAUAGUGAACGGUCUGUCGGUGCAAGAGAGAGGAGACAGGGGCAAGGAGGGCCUGUGUGUAGUAGCUGCGGUUGGCAAGGAGCCCAGGCUAGCCAGAUGGAUGUCAGGGAAGGUCAAGAACGGUAUCUAUGUUUUCGAGGUGCCGAGGAAGGCUCUCCACAAGGAUGCCGCGGACGACGAGGAAGAAGACGUGGAGUGAAAAGCGACAUACUUGCAUUGGAGCGGAGUCUUGCAUCUAGAUACCAAUACCAUUCCGACAUCUGUU